AUGUAUAUCCCCUCGGUUUCAACUAGAAGUACCAAGAAAUCUUACAAACGUGCGGGAGGAGGAGGAAGCUCUAGCUCUAGUAGCAGCAGCGGAAAGGGAUCUAGUGGCUCUGGCAGCGGCUCCAGCUCAUCCGGAAAAGGUAGUAGCUCCAGCUCUGGUGGCAAGGGAAGCUCAAGCUCGACGCCCAGUAAAGGCAGUAGCUCGAGCGCUGGUAGUUCUCUCACUGGCACGAAAGGGUCCACUGCUAGCACAUCUUCAACGAUUUAUGGUUCAAGUCGUUCCAUCACACCAUAUAGUAAUGGAGUGACGAAGAUAAUCACCAUUCCCUCAGGUCAAUUGUUUGCAGGCCGUUCGGCUGGCGGUGCAACUCGAGACCAGAUAUACGGAACCAAGACAUACGGAAGCGGUUACCCAGGUGUCUCCGGUAGGGGAGUUGCGAGCCGCGGAUUUCCGUUCUUCUUCUGGCCUGUAGUUUGGGGAGGACUCGCUGGUGGAUCAGCGUCUUAUCUAUACGACGAAAAGGAAUAUGGAUCUCCAGACAAUUCUAGUCGUCUAGGUGGAAAACUCAUGACAGCUGCCUUCCAAUCCAACUCUACAUCCUCCAUCUUCCGUAUCCUAUCGGACAACACCACAGUAGUCAACCUCAUUUCAGACAUUCACGCCAACUGUUCCUCCCACCUUACUCCCAGCAGCGCAUCGUCAAGUUCUUCUGCUGUAUUAUACAACUCUUCUGCCCCUGAUGCACCCAAGCCCGAACAGGUUGUGCAGUAUUUCCGUUCAAGCACUGUUGCGUUGACACUUGACGGAUAUAACAAUACUGCUGUUUUCGACUCGGAAGGUACAGCUGAUGUCCCUUUACCUUCGGGUGUCGAUACAACGCUUUUGGACUGUAUGAAUUCUACGAUAGGAGCUGCCGUCCCGCUUGUGGAUGCUGGAAGUAUUCGAUGGGGAACGUCGAGUUAUGGUAUGAUUGGGUUGUUGUGGGUCUUGAUGUACCUUGUCAACAUCUUUUGA